AUGUUGUUCUUCGGUUCGUUUUUUAAAAGCAUUACGACGGGGAUUUCGUCGCUACCAGUGAUAACAUCCGUGCGAAAUAUUCAGUACUUCUCUGAAAGAGUCGCGAAGGGACCUUUGCUUAAACGACGUGGAUAUGUUGACAAAGGCAAACUCUCAGGUCAGAUGAUAUACCGAGGAUUCGGCUUUCUUGUCUCGUCUCCGGGUGCUAAAAUGUCAAAAUGUUUGGAAAUAAAGUACAGUACAGGUAGUUUGAUAUCCCUAACCCGAUUGAUAGAGCAUGCCUUGGAGGGAUUAUUAGUGUCGAUCAUUUACCUUCUGUUCGGCUGUAUGUCAGGUUUACUUCCUCGUGACGAGAUGGCGGCGAGUGGAAAACAAUUAGUCCCUGUUUACCGACCCAAGGAUGUAUGGUCAGAACGUCGUGCGUUAUUUGGACAGAAUGACUAUAUCGACAUCUUGGGCUCAGGCAAGGUGCACCCGGUUGAUCUCAUGUAUAACGUACCGAAAUGGCUCCGCGGCUUCCGGGGAAAUGAAAUGCAAAUGUUGGUGAGGAAGCGAAAAAUUUUUGGCGCCUGGAUGCAAGAGCAUCGUCCAAAGAAAUGGAUGGACAUGGAAAAACGCGUUCGGUAUUUAUACAAGCGCCUGAAUCACAAGAAGGAGAGUCGAAGGCUCUACAGUGGUGAACAUAAGACGCCUACCGGACCUACGCUAAAAGAUUAUAUUCAAGGGCGUGCGAAACCGCGUUACUCAGAUGAUUUGUGAUUGAAUGUUUUUAGUGUGACUGAUUUUAGGUGCGAUAAAUUGUGAAACGAAGUUCACACA